UAGUGUCUGCCAAGAUGGCUUAUACUUGUCACUAUAGCUUGCUGUUUUCUGUCUUUAUACAUAUUAGUUAUUGUUGAGAAUAUAAUCAAGUAAAUAAAGUUUCUUUCUCUCUAACAGCUUAAACUUUUAGAUGAGAUGGUCAUACACUUUAAUAUUGUAUCAGAGCAGGCAGAGGUCUUGGGAUUGAAUCUCAUUGCCACUCAUUAUCUAAAAGAGUGUCCAAGUGAUUGGCCCAAAAAAAAAAAAAAAAAAAAAAAAAAGAAUCAGCCGCACAUGAGGUGGGGGGGGGGGGGUGUUGAGAAUAUAAAAUAAAUAAGUGUUCCCUCUCUAACGGCUUAAGCUUUUGGAUGAGAUGGUCACACACUUUAAACAAUUACUGAAUUUUAUAUUGGUAUAGUCCUUCACAUUCUUCUUGCAGGCUGCAUUAUUAUACAAUGAUGAAGUAAUAGUGGACUGCUGCACAUGCAUAUUUCUUGAUAACUUGCAAAUUAUUUAUGUGGAACUGAAAUCAUCCUUAGAAUUUAUUUCUCCUUCUUUAGGCAAGUUCUUUCUUUAAUAAGAUUAGAGACCUCAUUCCAGGCAAGUGCUAAUCAAAUUUCAGAUAUGAUAUAGAUAUUCUGUCCUUUGUCACUUUUCAGAUAAGAAUCCUUUGUCCAAUGAUUGCCAAAUCUUUUUGUUCAACUAGAUUCUUUAAACUACCUUUUUUCCAUUUUUCAUUCGCCCACUUUAUUCUCUUUCCUUUCCUAUAUUUACCCACUAUAGAAAUCAUUUCUACCAUAAUCUUUUCAACUUCUUUGCUCUCAUAAAAAUGACCAUGACUAUAUUUUACAUGAGGAAAACUAACCUCUAUGUAUUACUGUUACUCCACUUCUUUCAUUACUCUUAUUCCCAAAAGACAUGUCCAAACUGUGGUUCGCUACAAGUUCCGUAUCCCUUAAGCACAAAUCCCGAGUGUGGCAACCGUGACUAUACUAUCCGUUGUGAUCCUCACUCUCACAGGCUCUAUCUCGAUACCCUUAACGGAAGCUCUUAUGUUAUUUUAAGGAUUAUGGCCUCAUUCAAUCGUAUGGUGGUUCAACCAUCACCCUGGCUGCCUGGUACUUGUGUUACACAAGACAUGCCUGUGAGCGAGGGACUUUGGUUGAACCAGAGUCGUCCAUUUAACGUUACUUCUUCUAACACUAUCUUCUUAUUUAAUUGUUCUCCUCGGCUUCUGGUGUCUCCUUUAAAUUGCACACCUUCUAGCUUGUGCCAUAAAUAUCUGCAGAGCUCUGGACAUGUUGAUGCUAAAAGGGAACUUCAAUGUGCAAGUGGUGUUAAUCCAUGUUGCACUUUUAUUGCUGGAGGUAUGCCUUCGGCGUACAAGAUACGCCUUCAUACUUCGGGGUGCAGAGCGUUUAAAAGCGUUCUGCACUUGGAUGCUAAGAAACCAUCUAACGAAUGGGAUGAGGGGUUGGAAAUUCAAUGGUCUCCCCCACCUGAGCCACACUGUAGAUCACAAUCUGAUUGCUCUGGAGCAUCUACAUGUUCGCCUUCCAGUAAAAAUGGCAUCUUCCGCUGUUUUUGCAAAAGUGACCACUAUUGGAACCAAAGCUUAGGAACUUGCAUGAAGAAGAAACACUCUGGUUUUGUGUUAAAGAUAUCUAUUGGAAUUGCCUUGUUUAUGUCUUUUUCUGUUGCGGUGCUUGCCUUUACUUUGAGAAAAUCAGGAAGAUUUUCAGCUCGGGCCAGGCUUGCCAAGGCAAGAGAAGACAUUCUAAAAUCGAACAAUGGUGGAAAAUCUGCCAGGAUGUUUUGUCUUAAGGAGAUAAAGAAGGCUACAAACGGAUUCUCAAACGACAGAAUCCUGGGCCGCGGUGGUUGUGGAGAAGUUUAUAAGGGCGAGCUUCGCGAUGGAACCAUUGUAGCUGUAAAGUUAGCAAAAGUGGGAAAUGUGAAGAGCACUCAACAAGUACUCAAUGAAGUAGGGAUACUUUCUCAAGUCAAUCACAGGAACCUGGUCAAGCUUUUGGGGUGCUGUGUAGAAGCUGAACAGCCUCUGAUGGUUUACGAGUACAUUUCCAACGGAACGCUCCAUGAUCAUCUGCAUGGUAAGUACUCUACCUUUCUUGGCUGGAAAACAAGGUUGAAAAUUGCUUCACAAACUGCAGAAGCAUUGGCUUAUCUUCACUCGGCCGCUUACCCUCCCAUCUACCACAGAGAUGUCAAAUCUACAAACAUACUUCUUGAUAAUGAAUUCAAUGCCAAAGUUUCCGACUUUGGUCUAUCAAGAUUGGCUUGUCCAGGGUUGAGCCACGUGUCCACUUGUGCUCAGGGGACAUUAGGGUACUUGGACCCUGAAUAUUUUCGCAACUACCAGCUAACUGAUAAAAGUGAUGUUUACAGCUUCGGGGUUGUGUUACUAGAACUUCUUACUUCUCAGAAGGCAGUUGACUUCUCGCGAAACGAAGAUAAUGUCAACUUGGUUGUUUAUGUUACUCAACAAGAAAACCGUGGUUCGGUUACGGAAGUAGUGGACAGGCACUUGCUUGGCGAGGAGCCUUUGAGUAAUGUAAUGAGUGGUGUGAACGCGUUCUUGGCGCUUGCACUCGCGUGUUUAAGAGAAACGAAGGCGGAGAGACCAUGCAUGAAAGAUGUUGUUCAGCAACUUCACGGCAUAAGUGAAACAGUUGAUCAAGCAGAGGCUUCAGACGAAGUUAGUUAUGGUAUCAUGUGAAUUAAGUAUCAUCCUAGAGAAAACAAGAUGUCAUCUAUGUUGCUCGGACCCUCGAAAAUGUUCUUUGCACCCAUGUCAGAUCCUAAAAAAAUGCAUAUCUUUUGAAGGAUCCAGCACAUACCUUCCGGUAUUUUUGAAAAGUCCGAGCAACAUAAAUUGUGUCAUUGUUCUUGAUCUUUGAAUAUUCAAAUUACUUUAAAGAUGAAUGUGUAAAAGGCAUGGAUCUUUUUUAUUGUACUGAAAAUCAUGCAUGGAAAGAUAUAAAGGAGGUUUGAUGUUGGAAUCA